AUGUCAACAUUAGAUUCAAUCGUGAAAGAUUACGACAAGAACAUCGUGUUGAGGGACUGUCAGAGACACGCUUUUGAGUAUUUACGCGACAAGAAAGGCGAUCUGUUGGUGGAAGACACUACAGAUGAAGAUUUAGUAGCAGAGUGUGACGUCGAUGUCGAAAGAGUGAAGAAGGGGGACUUUUCAAUUGUCAUGUGUCAUCCAGAGGCCCUCUUUAAUACAAAAACGGGACACGAACUACUGUCGGAUGAGCAAUUUUCCUCAAGAGUGGUAGCCGUUGUUAUUGAUGAAUGCCAUAUUAUAGAGAAAUGGUAA